GGGGGGGGGGGUGGUAGUACGUGUGUCGGCUGAUGCUUCACCCUCCUGCUUUUUGAUGCGACACAGCCUCCAGCUUGAAGACAGAGCACAUGUGGAGGGAGCUGAGUGCUGGCCCCUAACAUUUUGGGGUGCUGAUACACGAGGCAAGAUGUCGUGUCUGAGCGGAAAAGCUAAUAGGCGCCAAAAACCCACAGAGGGAUGAAUCACAGUGGAUUAAAUAAGGUGUUUCCAUUGGCGAGAUCUGAUAACUACAAGUGCUCAAUCCUAAGGAUGCCAUGUACCUGGGGUUGAACACGCUCUGAAACAUCAACAGUUUAUUCGGCUGGACAAACACUUCAACUUCCCUCAAAGAAGCCUGAACUCCUCCUCGCCAUAAUGGACAGCACGGACGCUCAAACACACCCGUCACCAGACUACGAGCAGCUUUCCUGAUUCAAGCUUCCUGUUGGCAGCUCGUCUUGACAGUUAACAGUAAACGGCCACUGGCUUAAGAUGAACUUUUCCAACAACAGCUGUACAAGCAGUGAAGAUCUCAAGACGUACCAACACUAUGUGUAUGCGGUAGUGUACAGUGUGAUCCUAGCACCGGGCCUGCUGGGUAAUGUGCUGGCGAUCUGGGUGUUCAAGGUUUAUAUCAGAGAAACCAAGAAGGCCGUGGUGUUCAUGAUGAACCUGGCUGUGGCCGACUUGCUGCAGGUGCUCUCUCUGCCUCUGCGGAUCUACUAUUACCUGAACAACGUCUGGCCCUUCGGUCAUGCUCUCUGCAUGUUCUGCUUCUACCUGAAGUACGUCAACAUGUACGCUUCCAUUUACUUCCUGGUAUGUGUCAGCGUGCGUCGCUGUGAGCUCAUCAUGCGCCCGCUGACGUACAACUCGUCCCGGCGUAAAGGGGACAUGCUUGUGUGUGCCCUCGGCUGGCUGUUUGUCUGCCUGUGCUGCCUGCCCUUCCCUCUGCUGAGGAACGACACCUCAGAGGCCAGCGGACCGGCCUCGGUGUGUUUCUCAGAGCUGCCCAUGAGGACCGUCAGUAUCCCAGCAGCCUGGGCUCUCCUGAUCCUAGCCGAGCUGAUUGGCUUCAUCAUCCCCCUUAUCCUGGUGUUAGCCUGCACCUGUCUGACUGCCGGGAGCCUUCGGGAGCCCACAGCGGGGGCAAUUCCUGACCGAGGGGAGAAGCGGCGGGCGUUAAGGAUGGUGCUAAGCUGCGCUGUGGUCUUCCUAGUGUGCUUUGCUCCUUACCAUGUCACCAUGCCCCUGGACUUCCUGGUUAAAUCCAAAGCCUUGAGCUGCACCCUCAGUAACCUGAUUCUGCGAUUUCACCCUGUUACACUCUGCCUGGCCAGCCUGAACUGCAGCCUGGACCCCCUCAUGUACUAUUUCACCACUGAUGAAUUCAGGAGGCGCCUGAGCAAGCCAGAGAUACCGGAGAGCAUGACUUUCAGCAGGCGCCUGUCCUGUAUAACGGGAGGAGAGGACACAGAGAAGGACUAGACUACCCUCAGGCUCUCGGAACAGUUUGAUCUCAUCCACUAAACCCUGAAAUAUACUAUGCACGCCUUAAAACUAGAAUAUAAUUUACAUCCUGACUAG